UAAGCCAAACAAAUACAAGGCUGAUUCCGGCGAGCUGCAUUCAGUUCACUGCCACCGGCUGAGCUGCAACGAUAGUUCGGAUCGAAAUAAAUUAGAACAAAAAUUGAAAAAUAAAAUCAAAACAAAGUAAUGAGCUCGAGCAAUGUGUUCUGUACGAUCUGUUCGGAGCGGUAUCGGCAUACGGACAACAUCCAUGCCGGUAGCUGUGGCCACGCCUUCCACAUGGAGUGCCUGGACCGCUGGCGGGAGCAAUCCAUGACUUGCCCCAUUUGCCGCUGCGAUGAUGCUGUUUUCAUGCAACUUUAUCUGAAUUUUGAAGAUUCCGCCGAGCCGGGCCCCGCUCGGAGGGGGGAUGCUAGUGGGGAGAGUCAGCGCCAAGGUCAUAGUGCCAUCGCUAGCAGCAGCAGCAGCAGCAGCGUCAGCAGCACUAGCAGCAGCACCAGAAACAUCAACAAUAAUGGAACUGAAACACCAACAAUUGCCAACAAUAAUGGAGAAUUACGGGGAAUUAUGCGAGAAUACGAGAAUCUUCUCUACGAAAAUGGAAUCUACAAGGAGGAGCUUGAAUAUCUGAACGCUCAGCUCGGAGCUUUAAAUUUUCAAAAUUCUCAACCAGUAGUUGAUGUAUUAAAUUGGAGCUCCGAUUCUGACUGAUUUUUAUAUUUAUUUUUUUUUUUUUUAAUUUUUUAAAUGAGACAUGGAAAAACUGUAGGCUUCACAAGUGAUUUUAGCAAAUGUAUUUUUAAGAUAAGAUUAUGUCUAAAGAAAUCUAUCAUUCUAUAGGGAUUCCCUAAUAAUCUAAUCGACUUUCCUAUCAUCCUAAUCGGCUUUUCACUGAUAAAAUGCUUAAAUAGUAAAAAUCCGACCUGUUAUCUCCAUAAUUUUAGACUUUAAAAACGAUAAGAGAGACAAAAAGGCGGAAAAGCACAAAAUAUGCAUGCAAUAAAUGACAACAAUAAUAAAUUAAU